ACUGAGACGUUUCUGCCCAGUGACGCAGAGACGUCACCAGUCGGUAGGCGGAAAAGCGGUUGUGUGUGUGUGUGUCUCGGUACCUGGAAGAAAGAAAAGAAGAAGAGAAAAAGCCGGCUACUUUUCUAAAGAAGAUUCACACCGCGGGUAUAAGAAGGUUAUCUCCGUGUCUGCUGUAAUGGCGGUUCCCGGGGGUCAGACGGCCCUCCGUGGGGACAGAGGAGCCCCGAGCGGACAGACGGCUCCCCCGGAACACGACAUUGAAAUCGACGAGAAAGAGUUGGAGAAUAUCACAAAGAAACACCGAGAAGACGAGGCGACAACGCUGCCUCUGCACUCCCCUUGGACCUUUUGGCUGGACAGAUCUUUACCAGGCACGACCGCUGCAGAGUGCGAAUCCAGUCUGAAGAAGAUCUACACCGUGCAGAGUGUUCAGAUGUUCUGGAGUGUAUACAACAACAUCCCUCCAGCCACAGCACUGCCUCUGAGAUGUAGCUAUCACUUAAUGCGCGGAGAGCGGAGGCCACUGUGGGAAGAAGAAAGCAACGCGAAAGGAGGAGUAUGGAAGAUGAAAAUACCAAAAGAAAGCACUUCUGCAGUUUGGAAAGAAUUGUUACUUGCUACUAUUGGGGAGCAGUUUGCAGAUUACUGUGCCUCAGACGACGAGGUCGUCGGUGUCAGCGUUAGCGUUCGGGACCGGGAAGAUGUGGUCCAGGUCUGGAACAGCGACGCAUCGCUUGCUGGCGAAGCGAAUAUCUUGGGGAAAGUCUAUGAGCUCCUCCCGCACAUAACUUUUAAAGCUGUUUUUUAUAAGUCUCACAUGGAACAUCAUGCCUUUGAAGGAGGACGCUCAAGACAUUAAAUGACCGUAAAGCACUUUUUAAUUUUUUAGGAUUUUAACAUAAACUCUGUACCUGCCUUGGUGUAAAGGCGCUGUCCACAAUCUAAUCAAUGAUAUUGUUAUUGAUUUUGUAUUUUUAGAACUUUUAAUGACUGCUGCCUGGUUUCAGUUCGACGUGGCUCCUCAGCAUAGAUGCUAUCCGGAGUUCACUAGCUAAUGUGGGUUUUUGACUUUCACCUUUACUGAGCCCGUCAGACCUCCAGCAUUUAUUCCUGGUAUGGAGGCAGUCGCUCCAAAAAAAACCCCAUCUGUUUCAAUUAAGUCAGCUUUAAUCAGUUCCAAAGCACCUUUUCUGCCGUUUUAAGGACAUUUGAAUCCUAACAGAAGGUUUAGAAUCAGCCGGGGUUCUUCCCGUUUCUCUUGAGGAUGGAGUGAAUGUCCCAUUUGGUUGCUUGAGACUUCUUCGGCCGUACCGUCGAACUGAAAUCAGGGCGACGCUCGGAAAUAUUGCACAUGACUACCCGUUCCGAUCGCGGCGUCCCUUCUGCUGUGAAGCCAUCGUAGGGAAUCAGAACGUAUGCAGAUAUGGCCCCCGGGCUUUAGUGGGAGAGGAAGACCCAUCCUGAAAGGUGCCUCUUUGAAUGUUCUCCGCGACGCCGCAUUUGGCGUUUUCCUUUUGAAAGUAGACCCACUGCUCUCCUGAGCGGAUUGUUUAGUGUAGUACUCUGAAAAGAUACCGCUCCGUAUUUGUUUCCCCUCCCAAUAUAACUGGACUGUUUUUUUUCUUCUUAUAAUGCAGAGUGGGUGAAAAAAACCAACGGGUGAAAAAAGGCAACGUGAGGCUUACAUUUUAAUCAAGUCAAAUAUGACAGGUGGGACUAGUUCUAAUAGUUUCACCUGCUGCUUCGGAGACAACAACACACUUUAAACCUGAAGCUACACUGACUUCACCUUGAGAACGUCCAUAAUGAUAAAUAGCGUCACUAUUAAUAGAGAACAUAUUUUUCUAUCAGCUCCCUUUCCAAACAAAUCACCCAGAUCGGGUUUCCUUCACUAACAGGUAUACUAUUGUAAUGUAGGCGACAGGUGUUAACUUUUAUAGUGUCAACUUUGCACUGGUUUAUUAAAAGGGGACAACAUUUCCUAUUGUAAACAUGAUUUGUUUUGCAGUGACACGGACAACGUGAAUAAAAACGAAAAUGAAAAUACAA